GUCUGUCUGUUGUCCCUCUGUCUGCUGCCUCUCUGUUUGUCUGUCGUCUCCGGAGUAUCUGGUUGCUCCUCCUUCGUGAGGUGCUCAAUACGCAUAUAGAGGGCUGAAUCCCCCGCCUCCCCCCGCCGCCAGGGCCGCAACGACAACAACAACAACAACGGACGACGCAGCCCCCACAAAUAUCUCCCACCACAUCCUCACAACUUCGAGAAUUCAUCAGAUGCGACGAGCGAGACGGAGGUGCUGGUCCGUCACCCUGGCCCUCCUGCUAACGUACGCCGUCGUCAGCACCGUCCUUUUCUUGCGGCCUCCGCUCCACCCGGUCGGCCCCUCCACCAAACCCAGCACCACCAUCUCCGGCAAUCAGCGGACACGACAACAACCCAGGCUCCGAUCGGCUUCGGGGGCCGACUCGAUCGUCUUCGUUGCCCUGGGUCCCGCGGCGCGGUCGGCCUCGCUACUGUACGCCCUGACAUCGCUUAGAGACGAGGGAGGCUGGGACGGCCAGGUGCACGUGAUCGUUGAGCGCGAGGAUGACCUGGCCUGCCUCUCGUCGUACCUUCGCCAGUCCGUCACGGCCAUCGCUGUCGCACCACCGCCGCCGCCGCCCUCGACCGGCGGUAGUCUUCAUUCCGGUGGCGGGGACACCAGCGGGGUGGUGCAGAACGCCAAGAUGGCGAAGAUGAAGCUCCUGGACCUACUUCCGCCCUCGGUGGAGCGCGUGGUGUACGUGGACUGCGACGUCAUCACCCAGCGUCCUCUCGGGCCUUUCCUCGACGCCGUCGCCCGCGAGUGGGACGAGCUGGACAGAAAAGCGGCAGCGGCAGCGGCAGCGGCAACAGCUGCGGUGGGAGGGCCAGCGACAACCAGGCCGCCACCGAAAAACGGGGUAGUCAGCCCACGCUUGCGAGGAAGGCUUGAUGAUGGAGACGUGGUAUUUGCUCCUCCUCCUCAGCCGAUGAGCGGCGACGGUGACACCAACCGACGGUCGCCGCCGCCGCCGCCGCCACCGCCGCCGCCGCCGUCAAAAGUGAUUAUCUUUGCGGACGCGGGCGGGCACACGGUCCCCGUUUGCCGGGGCUGCGACCGGGCGCACUCGGGGGUGGUGGCCCUGGCACGUGGGCACUCCGAGCGGUGCCUGAAGCUUUGGCACGACGCUUUCGAGGGCGACGGCGCGGGAAACGGGGGCACGUCCACGGACCAAGAAGCGCUGGACGCGGCGCUCGGGGAGGGGUCGGGAUGCGAGGCGAUUAUGAUGGGCCGGCGGCACCUCUCGUUCAUGAAGGACGCGUUUGUCAUGGCCGGGCUGACGAGGACGAGCACAUUCGGCCACUACACGGGGCUGCUUCACCCGAAGACCCUGGGCAAGGUCUACCGGAGGUUUUACGAGUGGGCCCUUGGGAUGAGGUUCGAGGAGUGGGGGCAAGGGGAGAUCCAGGGCUGCGCGGUCGAGUGAUGAUUGAGAGGGAGGGCGGGGGCUGUGGUGGUGUUGUGGGCUGGUUCUUGUGAUUCGGUUGGCUCGAUAUGUUGGUAAAAGUUGCUCUGUUUGGUGAGCAGGAGGGCCUCGGAACAGCAAUAUUAUAUCGGGAAAGUUGUGGGUGUUUUAAUAUGACCGGGGUUGCUAGAAAGACGAAAGAUUUCUAGGGCGCUGAAGUGGGGGUUUCGCAUUAGUGGCAGCUAGGAUGACCGUGUGACUGUCCGUUCAAUGCUUACACUGUUUCCUAUGGAAGGAAUGGCACGAACUAGGGGGAGCUGGGGUGAGGUGGAUGGAACAAUACCGUACGUAGAGCUAAUCGCAUUUGACUGUGUUGAACGGAGUGUAAUUAUUUGGCUAGAAAAACGGCCGGGAGAGCUGGCGCCGCCGUAUACCCCUCAAUAGUUGUUUGGUUUUGCUCGGCUGCAGAUUUGUAUGACGUGAUUGCUCUCAUUAUUGAGCCCAGUACAACUUUGAUCACAGCUUGCUUACAGACGGAAACAAACAAAAUGGAAGGGCGGGUUGCAAGUCCAGUCGUCGGGUAUCGAUGCGAAUGUCUUCUUGUCUUGGCUGUCGGUGUUGCCCCGACACUAGUGGAAAGGAGAGGUUUGGCUAAUAGUUGGUAGGCGUUCAUGCGACGGUUCCCGGGGUUCUCGUCCAGAGCAAUCCUCCACUGGAGAGAAUGGGAGACUAGCGAUUGAACCUCACGUCAUUUCGUAUCAGCUCGAUUGGGCUCCUACUAUAGUAGGCGCAGGUGUUCGGUUCCGAAGUCCCGACAAAAGACUAGGUUCUGCAAAGGAAUCUGUAAACACAAAAUUGACCAAUGAUUG